CUGAUCCUUAAGCCGACGAUAUCUGUCUGUACUUUGUACACCGAGAGCCGAUAACCGACCACGAAAAAACACAACCCAGCCAAAGUUGCAUAUUUUUUUGGCACACGGGUCACUCACUAAUCAAUUCUUUUUACGUUUAUUUACUCUCUGAACCAUAAAUUAUUAAUAUAUUGAGUCAAUUUCCCCGACAAGUUGACAUCUCAUCAUUGUCUUUUUGACUCUUAAAACUCUCGAUCCCUUGCUCAAGAGGCUGCUGUGACGUGAUCGUCAAGGUUUCAAACCCACCUGCUCUAGACCUCUGAGACUUUCUGUCUGUUUUAUUAUCGACGACACGACAUUGCUCCUUCAGGACUAAACUCUACGCCCUCCGCCUUUUGCGCAUCAUCUCGACCCUGGAUCGCGUCAAACCGAGGCUUCCCUUUGUUUCUCUGUAACUUGGCGCAGCAGGAUUGCAUACAGUAGCUAAGGUACCUAGCUCUGAUAUAAAAAGGGUCCCCUCUCACGUUCCCCAUACCUAUUACAUUACACAACAGACCAGGGCAACACAGGAACAAGGGAAGAAAGGCUUUUUUCCCUCUUUUUUUUACCCUUCAGCCCCGCCUGGACCUCCACUUGCUUGUCGCUAGAGCCCAGAGUUUAUAUCUAUAUUAACGUCUCUGUCACCACAUCCAUCCCACCUCAACCUCUUCCUUACUUCACCUCAACUCGCCAACUUUCUUCAGCUUUUCUUCUACCUCGUAUAGACCUUAUCGAGGCUCAAUUAUACCCCUCUCCUCUCUCUUUCACACCCUCAGUCAAUCCUCAGCUACAAUGUCGGCUGCUCCUCUCAACUCGGACCCUGUGGCCACCCCACCUCGCCCUCCGUCCCCCGUCCACAGCUUCGGUACUCUCGCCGUCCACGCCGGCGCUCCACAUGACCCCGCUACCGGCGCCGUGAUUGAGUCCAUCUCUCUGUCGACUACAUUUGCUCAGUCCGCCGUUGGCAAGCCCGUUGGCGAGUAUGAGUACUCCCGAUCCUCCAAUCCCAACCGUACCAACUUCGAGACCGCUGUUGCUGCUCUCGAGCACGCCAAGUACGCCCUCGCUUUCUCCUCCGGUUCCGCCACCACCGCCACUAUCCUCCAGAGUCUCGCUGCCGGCAGCCAUGUCAUCUCCGUCUCCGAUGUCUACGGAGGUACCCACCGAUACUUCACUCAGGUCGCAAAGGCCCACGGCGUCAAGGUGACCUUCACACCAGAGAUCGAGGUCGAUAUCAGCGAGCACAUUACCCCCGAUACCCGUCUGAUCUGGAUCGAGAGUCCUAGCAACCCUACCCUGCGCCUUGUCGAUGUCCGAGCUGUUGUUUCUGAAGCCCACAAGCACGGUGUCCUCGUCGUUGUUGACAACACUUUCCUCUCCCCUUACGUCCAGAACCCGCUCGAUUUCGGUGCCGACAUCGUUGUCCACAGUGUCACCAAGUAUAUCAACGGUCACAGUGAUGUGGUCAUGGGUGUUGCUGCUUUCAACAGCGACGAGCUCAAGAACCGUCUGAGCUUCCUUCAGAACGCCAUUGGCGCUGUACCCUCAGCAUUUGACUCCUGGCUUGCUCACCGUGGUCUGAAGACUCUGCAUCUGCGAGCUCGUGAGGCCAGCCGCAACGCUGACGCUGUAGCCCGAGCUCUCGAGGCUUCUCCUCUGGUCAUUGCCGUCAACUACCCCGGUCUUGACUCUCACCCUCACCGACAUAUCGCCAAGAAGCAGCAUCGUGAUGGUCUGGGUGGCGGCAUGCUCUCAUUCCGCAUCCAGGGUGGUCACGCUGCCGCUGAGCGUUUCUGCCAGGUGACGAAGAUCUUCACUCUCGCUGAGAGUCUUGGUGGUGUUGAGAGUCUGGUCGAAGUUCCCAGCAGCAUGACUCAUGCCGGUAUCCCUCGAGAUCAGCGUGAGGCUGUCGGUAUUUUCGACGACCUUGUCCGCAUCAGCUGCGGUGUUGAGGACGCCCAGGACCUUACCAAUGACGUUCUCCAGGCCCUCGAGAAGGCUACAUCCGCGGCCAAGACCAAUGGUUUCAACGGCAACGGAAAUGGCAUCAACGGCUCCUAGGCCCAUGUCCUAAUGGUUUUUCCCACUCGGUUUAUCCUUUAUUUAGAAGAAGAUGAUCUAUGAUGACAUGUUAUGAGAAUUAUUUCCUUUGUUUAAAGAUGCUCCAAAAGCAAAUAAAAAAGAUAGGGGCGUGCUUCAUUCAAGGCCCCCCUGGGUUGGCAUUUAUACAGCGGCUAUGGUCAAAACUGAUGCAAAUCGCAUCUCUUUGUUAUUGAGGCUUGAAUGACAAGCUACCUGAAGAAUAUUAUUUCGAUUUCUCGAAGUUGUCUAUAACCAAUGGGUCGUGAUAUCUCGUCGUGAAGUAGGUGACCCCGAAUCGUCAUUAAAUAUGUUCGUCGUCAGAAGGUGGGAUAUUAAACAAGUUUUCCGUGAACUCGUUUGCCAUACUAUUCUCGGCAGACCACUCGUUGCGACGCCGAUGUAUCUCACUCAUGCCUUCACAUGCCGUCUCAGCGAUAAAAUGUAAUUCAUCGAGAGUGUUGGAGUUGCAAUUUGGGAACACGCCAUCGAUGCUGCGUUGCCACUCUGACGUUGAGUUGGCAACAGCCGUCUGGUACGCAUUAGUAUCGUAUUCAACCACUCUCAGGGCACGAUUCCGUGGGAGUAGGUUGUUCAGAAGACUGUCGAACAGAGCGUCCGCAGGAAGGUAUUCAACUGCAUCUUUAGUAAGAGCCGUAGGUUGGCGGAUUCCCAUGACCACUUCAACAAAGCGUUGAGAGAUGCUUCGACCAAGACCACAGGGGUCAAUAAGGUCAAACUCUGGCUGUGUGGGCAUUUCUUCGAGCAUGUAGUGAUCAUAAGCCAGGAAAGAUGCUCGGCAGAUUCUCAGAUGUGGUGUUGCACAUCUCAGCGCCAUAGCAAUCCAAUGGCAGUCAUCCCCUGGCCGUUGGUUGGGCAUGCCGACCCAAAGGAUUUUCUUAGAAUCCUCGUUCCAGUCGCGCGAUUGCUCAACCUUAAGAUAUACUUCGUUCAAAUAAAGCUCUCGAAGUGUGGUCCCAAAAUUUUCCGCAGUACGGACAAAUACCUCUGGGCACAACUCGAUCCGUUUGAGCUCCAAACAUGUGAGGUUAGAGUGUAUGACGUUAGGCGCCGGUAAUGACUUUGCGCGCCACUCGUCAACAGGCAUCUGCCAGAAUUUCGUCUGUUUUAACCCUCGUGGUGGGCGAUCGUCGUGGUCCAUCCCUAUCAAGCAGAGACUCUUGAGCUCUCCCGCGUUCUCGACAAGGUUCCAAAGGCAGGAUCCGAAUAAUCCCACGGUUAUGGGCUCGUUCUCGUGUCGCCGUAACGUCAAGACGAGGUGUUCCAGCACCUCCAAGACUUUCAUGAUGUUCAUCACGUCGAUCGGGUUCAUCCAGAGGUGGCGUAUGGCUACAUCGGUCACAUUCUCUACGACGAGUGUAUUGAGCUUCGCUGAGUCUUCCUCGGGUCGCUGCGCAAAGGCUUUCAGUGUGUUGGCCAGGAUCAUUGUGGCGGCGUUACAAUGGCGGCCGACGAGCUGGAAGGGGAGGUUAAGUCGUAGACGGUCAACGUCACGGCAGUAGAAUAGCAUUUCCUCGACCUUCUGAUAGUAAUCCGUCUCCGUGAAAGAUGUUUCAUUCAUGCA